AUGAAUGGGCCGGAGUUGACAGCUGAUGAGGAGUUGCAGAAUGACUUGGAAUUGGAACGUGUGGAGAAGGCUGUUUUUGAGAUGGUGGAUGAGUCAGACCGUUCGUUAUUUAUAAACUUCAUGCGUACGGAGACGGAGUUGUUUUUGUUGUUCGCUGACUGGACUGAGAAGCAGCGACGGAAGCUGGUGGAUUUGCAAUUGCGAAAUGGAGAUGUCUGGGCGGAGGUGGCGAAGCAUAAAGCGGCUGCAGUGCGUGAGCUGGAACAGUUGCAUGCUGUGUUUGAUUUGAUGAAGACUGCACCGGUGGAUGGUACCUUUCCACAACCGCCGGCGGCCACGGAGGAGAUGGAGCGUAAGAAAAUGCGACAGUUGACCGUGACGGGUGCGAUUAAUCAGGUGAAUGAGGAAGAGAGUUAUCGUGAGAUCUUGACAGCAUUACGGCGACGUAAAAAGGUGGGGGCGGAACUGGCCGCGCAAUUACGUCAGAUUGCUCAAACUAUUACCGCGGGUGCCCAGGAACAAGUGCACUUCGCCCACAUUGUUGCUCACCUAUGCAGACGCUGGAACGUUACCCGUAUCCCUUACGAACAGCAAGUGUUCAAGGGAUCCAAUCUCAACUACCCGUACCGCGCCGAACUCUGGGUAGAACUACUCAGCAUACCCAGUCGCUACUGGGGCGUUGAACUUCUAGAAGACACCACCCGCAGUCUUGCCCCAACGCUUUGGGAAGCCGCAGACAAUGCCGGCUACCUACCUGACUUCUCCUCCACCAAUACCUCCUCCAGUACCCGCAGAGGAGAAGAUGUCACUGCUCCCGGGGGAAGCGGUGGCGGAGGCAGUGCGAAUGGUACCGGUUCCACCGGUGCAACCGCCUCCGGUGUUGCUACCUCCACCGGUGCUAUCUCCACCGGUAGUGCUGCUUCGCCCGGUGACCGCCACUGGGAGUCGGGCCGCGAGUCGGCUACGGAGGCGGAACAAGGCCGUGGAGGGGAGGAACCGGGAGAAGAGAAUGCUGGGUUCGAACAGCAUACGGAGUUCGCCGUUCGGCCCGCCGCCUUGGUGUGA